AUGUCUGGCGGCAGAGAGAUGAGACAUGCCCAGCAGAGCCUGCGACUCCUUCCGCAAUUCCCAGACGAGAUCACACUGCGAACUCUGGACAACUUACCUGCCACGACACUGCUAAUAUUGCGACAAGCGUCCUCGCGACUACGAAGGACAGUCGAUGCCGAGUCCCCCAGAUUAUGCACAGUCCUGAGGGAAGUCGAAGAGGAUCGGGUGAAGGCGAUGAGUCAGCCGUUAGAUCUGAAGAACCUUUCCAUAGAGGAGGCCUUGCGACUUCGCGUCCACCGCUGGGGUAAGCCACGGUCGAGGGAGUACUGGCUGGAAUGCAGAUCCUUAGCAAGCAGCUACAACACCGCCAACCGGCAUACGGCCAGGGUUUCUUUCCAGGACAACGUCUUCGAAUUUCUGCUCCAUCUCGACGACGUGUUCCACGAAAGUGCCGCGAUGGGCAUGAGACAUGAUUCGGAGAUAAUCUCAAGGCGACCCAGGUCAUACGAGGCAGGCGCGAUGGGUAGAUGA